GAGUGUUGUGUUUGGAAGUUGAAACUGUCUAUAGGCAGCAAACUGAACAACGUGUUUGUAUUAUGUGGUAGUAAAAGAUAAGCUGCUAAGAAGCCAUGGCCGGUGUCUGCUCUUUCUUCUCUACCACUUCCUCUGACGUUGUUGCCAUUUCACAUUCUCUUACACCAUCACUGUCUCUCAACAACACUACACUUUCAACAACAAGUAAAAGAAGAUGCAUUCUGAGGAGGACGAGAACUGUGAGGCCUCUUGUUUGUGCAGCCAUCAACAAUCCAUUACAAUACCGGAAACUUGGUGACUCUGACCUUAAUAUCAGUGAAAUCACUCUUGGUACUAUGACCUUUGGGGAGCAAAACACAGAAAAAGAAUCUCAUGACAUACUCAAUUAUGCAUUUGAGAAUGGCAUUAAUGCUCUUGAUACUGCUGAGGCAUACCCGAUUCCAAUGAAGAAAGAGACACAAGGAAAAACUGAUCUCUAUAUAGCUAGCUGGCUGAAAUCUCAAUCUCGUGACAAGAUUAUCAUAGCAACAAAAGUUUGUGGUUAUUCUGAGAGAUCGAGUUACUUACGCGACAAUGCAGACAUUUUGCGGGUUGAUGCGGCAAAUAUCAAAGAAAGUGUGGAGAAAAGUCUUAAGCGUCUUGGGACUGAUUAUAUUGAUUUGUUGCAAAUUCAUUGGCCAGAUCGCUACGUUGCACUAUUUGGUGAAUAUUCUUAUGAUCCUUCAAAAUGGAGGCCUAGUGUGCCAUUUGUUGAACAGUUGCAAGCUUUUCAAGAACUUAUCAAUGAAGGAAAGGUACGUUACCUAGGUGUUUCAAAUGAGACUUCAUAUGGAGUGAUGGAAUUCGUCCAUGCUGCUAAAGUUGAGGGACUUCCAAAGAUUGUCAGUAUCCAAAACAGCUAUAGCUUGCUCGUAAGAAGUCGUUUUGAAGUUGAUCUUGUGGAGGUUUGUCAUCCAAAGAAUUGUAACAUUGGCUUGCUGUCCUAUUCCCCACUAGGCGGCGGAACACUCUCAGGAAAAUAUAUAGAUAUAAAUUCUAAAGCUGCAAAAAGUGGAAGAUUGAACCUCUUCCCUGGCUACAUGGAAAGAUAUAACCAAUCGAUUUCACGGGAAGCAACUAUUAAGUAUAUUGAGUUGGCCGAGAAACAUGGUCUAACUCCUGUCCAGCUCGCGCUUGGAUUUGUGAGAGAUCGUCCAUUCAUGACGAGUUCAAUUAUCGGUGCAACUUCUGUGGACCAACUAAAAGAAGACAUAGAUGCUUUUACAACAACCGAACGACCUUUGCCAGCAGAAGUCAUGACAGGAAUUGAAGCUAUCUUCAAGAGAUACAAAGAUCCUAGCAUCCUUUAAAGACUAUACCUUUGAAUUUUUCGGGAUAUUCUUAUAUUAGUUCCAUGGAUAGAUACAUAUUGAAUCGAUACAUGAAUACUAGGGUUUAUAAAACUGUCUGCAUUACUUAUGAAAACGUUACGCGGCCUUACAAACUUGGUAUUGUAUAACCUAUGUUCAGUUAUUGUCAAUGAUCACAUGCAUUUAUACAAAUAACAUCACUAUUUAUUUGAUGACAAAACAAUAUGUGAGAAUAGUUGCUUUGACAUUGAAUAAAAAUAUAUUGUAGUUCCAA